AUGAGUCCGAUUACUAUGUAUCAAUCUACGUCUACUUUCACGGAUAGUUCGUUCUCGCCUUCCGCUAAGAAUGACAUCUCCAAAUAUCGGACUUUGGUUCCGGCUGUUACUCGAGAAGAUGUCCAUUACCUCAAUGCUUCUUUUCAGCCUGUCAUGAAUCUUCGAGUUCGCGCAGCCAUAGAUAACUUUCUCGAUCAAGCCGUUGGAACUCCCGAUCCCAAGUCUGGUUGGCAAUCCAUCGCCCAAGAAGCUCAGGGGUCUCUUGCGUCCUACCUGAACGUUCCCAAAGAUUCCCUCACCUUUACCCGAGACACUACUGAGGGUCUCAAUCUGUUUCAACGCUCCAUCCCCUUUCAACCUGGAUCAAACGUUGUACUGCUUGAGGGUGAACAUCCGAACCAUGUUUACGGCUGGUUGGGGCUGAUUGAGCAGGGACUUGAGGUCCGUCGAAUCGACACCAAGGACGAGACUUACGCCGAUGCAAACACAUUUGUACCCUUUGUCGAUGAGAACACCAUCGCCAUUGGUCUUUCCUCCAUUAUGUUCCACAAUGGGCAAAUGAACAAUGUUCAAGAUAUAUGUGCUAGGUUCCGUCCUCAAGGUGUGCAUGUUCUGGUCGAUAUGACACAGCAUGUGGGCGUUUCUCCCAUCAAUCUGACUGAAUGGGAUGUCUCGGCUGCUGCAUUCGGUUGUCACAAGGGUCUUGGCUGCCCCAGUGGCCUAGGUGCGCUGUACAUCAAUCCGAGUGUUCUGUCUUCGUUGAAGAAGACGCCUCCUAUCACUGGGGCGGGUUCCAUUUCCAACAUCCCGUCUAAUUUGAUCGCCGAUUCAAAUGUCCAGUAUCAUUCCUCAACCCAGCGAUACAGUCACCUAAAUAUAUCUCUUAUUGGCGCUGUCUCACUGAAUGAGUCACUCGGUCUCCUCUGUGAUGAGAUUGGCAUGAAAAUAAUCGAAGCCCAUCUUAGGGCCCUAGGCCGCGAACUCGCUCUUGCUUUGACACCACUCGGUGUCCGGAUCGUGGGUAGUAAAUCUGCCGAUGAGCGGGCUCCACAUCUGUACGUCCUUGCAUUGCUUCAUCCAGACUGGGCGACACAUUUCCGGGCCGAGGGGAUUUACUAUCCCACUAUCGCCGUGGAACAAGGGUAUCCUUUGGAUUCUAUAACAAUGUGGCCGAUGUGA